GUGAAGGGUGGUUCAGUGGUGCGAACUUGAAUCUAUCUUUAAUUUGUUUAUUUUUUCUAAAAUGGAAAAAUUAAAGUUCCAAGAGCCAUUCAGUUUUGAUGAAAUAUGCCGAACUUGCUUAGAAACAAAGUCAGAUUCACUUCAAAGGAUAUUCAAUUCAGAGAUUUCGAUAAACGAUAAUAACGAUAAGGAGUAUAAGGAGCCCAUCUCCACAUCCGAAAUGUUAGUUACUGUGUCCAGUCUAAAAAUACUUCCCGAAGAUGACCUGCCGAAAGGAAUAUGCAAUGAAUGUCUGGAGAGUUUGGAAAAAGCAUAUAAUUUUCGAAAAAUGUGCAUACGCUCCGAUCUAACCAUCCAGACAAUGAAACUCCAAAACAGAAUACAAAUUCAUUCCGAAAACGAUGACGAUUCCCAACCGUCUCCAAAAGAGGACAUUGAAGACAAGUCAGUAAACGAAUCUAAUGAUAACUCCAAUGCUCCUGUAUACGAGGUUUUAAAGAGUACUGGAACAUGCGAUGACAAUGAAACAACACAAUCUUAUGUUGGAAACAAAAGUAGGAUCAAGGAAGAAAAAUCUGAAAGCAAUUCAGACUCAGUAGACAAACAUGAAAUAAUCCUGGACGAAAGUAUAAUCUCAGUAAACCAAGAAAGUUAUUUAACAUUAAAAAAAGAGAUCUUAACCGAUCCAAAAAUAGAAAAACCAAAUCCUCGCAAUAAAAGAAAUGGUUGCUUCAUUUGUGAAGAUUGUGGGAAGUCAUUUGAUCGUCAGCAUCGCCUUCAUCGUCACUUAAGUGUUCACAAAAAAGAAGGUCGGCCGUUUGAAUGUGAACAUUGCAAACGACGAUUUGCUCAGGAGGGACACUUGCGACGACAUGCUAUUACCCAUGAUACAACCUUCUUAGAACACACGGAACUAAAAAAGUGUAUCGAUGGACACCAGUGUCCUGAAUGCCCCAGAAAAUUCCUCAAGCAAGUAUCAUUAGCUUCGCAUAUGCGAACUCAUCGACAAAAAAUCGAUAUGUAUAAACCUUACCAAUGCGAAGAAUGUCUGAAGAUAUUUGAGGGAGUUCAUCGACUUAAUAGGCACAAGAAAUUGCACGAAGAGAAUCACCAGUAUGUAUGUGAUACUUGUGGUCAAACUUUUGGCACUCGAUCUCAUUUGAUAGACCAUCUUAGUAAACAUAACGGUAUCAAACCACAUAUUUGUCAUUUCUGUGCAAAGUCAUUUCAACAAGCUGGAACUUUGAAGGAUCACCUCCGUACGCAUACUGGAGAGCAACCAUUUCUAUGUUCGGAAUGUGGAAAAGCAUUUAAAAGCGCAAGUAAUUUAAGACAGCAUCAGCUUCGACACACAGGGGUCAAGUCCUACCAGUGCUCAGAGUGCCCCAGUAAGUUUACCCUAAAAAGUGAUCUCUCUAAGCAUGCGAGUACUCACGGAAAUGAAAAGCCAUAUACUUGUGAAAUUUGCGGCUCGAGAUUUACUAAAAAUUCCUCCUUAACCAAACAUAAAAUAAUACACACAGGUGAAAAACCACAUCAAUGUGACUGCUGCAAAAUGAGAUUUAUUUCGUCUAAUCACAUGAAACGGCAUAUGCGAACACAUACUGGAGAAAAACCAUACGCUUGUAAAUAUUGUGAUAGAAAAUUUGCCCAAUCAAACGAUAUGAUAAAACAUCUAAGAUCUCAUGUUGGAGCAAACGUUUACAAAUGUGAAGAGUGCGAUGCAUCAUUCAGGUUGAACACUGAGUUGAAAAAACAUAUUGCGGAGCAUUAUCAAGCCCAGUUAAAGAAUAAUGGAAAGGUUGAUGAAAUCCCCGCAGAGCUCUUACAAGCAGCGCCAACGUCAUCAAGCGAACUUCAUCCGCUCAUAAAAAAAGCCUAGACCACCAAAGCUUCUCCGAUCAGUGGAAGAAGGGAAAUAUCGUCAAGCUCUUCAAAAAAGGAGAUCUUAUAAAGUGUGAAAACUGGUGAGGAAUUUGCGUUCUACCAGUAGUUGCCAAAAUAGUAGCAAAAGUUAUACUAGAACGCGUCAGAGAACACUCGAUGCCGAACAAGCAGGAUUCUGCGCUGGAUCCUUCUGUAUUGAUCAUAUUAACAACCUGCGGAUCAUUAUUGAACAGUGCGUUGAAUAUCGAUCACCACUACACCUGCUGUUCAUCGACUUCGAGAAGGCCUUUGAUUUGAUUCUU